CAGUUUGCCUACCCACAGAGCCCACACUCCGCUGUACGAAGGGGUUCGACGCGACGACUAGAAGACGAUGCAGUACUGGAAGCCCGGAGAGAAGAGACCGGGAGGCGGAGAGGGAGGUGGCGGGCCAGCAGGCGACGGCGGAGGGAGUGGGACAGGGCGCGUGAGCGACGAGCAAGGACGGACAGAUAGCAAGAAGAAGAAGAAGCGGGUGGACAAGAGUAGGAGGGAUGGAGGUGGCAGGGGGAGCACCGACAAAGGCAACAGAAGAAGCAGUGAAGGUGUGAAGAAGAGGGUGAAGAAGGGGAAAGGCAAAGAGAGGCACAGCACCGGCGGCGGGUUGGGAGGCAUCAAGGGGGAAGUGUCGCGGGCUGCCUCUAAGCCGCCAGUCGCUGGGCCGUCACAGGGCCUGCUAGCGAUGAAGUUCAUGCAGCGCAAGGUGCAGGCGGACGAGGCUCAGAAGCAGCGGCAGGAAAAGAGAGAGAAGCUGGAAAGCUACUUCAGCUCCUCCUAUGCGAAACGGCUCAAGGCGGACAAGGACACCGGGAAAGACCGGCUUAUCUGCCGACAUGACGAGCAAGACCCAGCGCUAGUGGUAGUCGGAAGGAGAUCGUUCGGGGGGUUCAACGUCGUCGCGGAGGCGGCCUACGACGCGUGCAUUCGAGACAUAGAGGCCGGGGAGAGGAUAGGGCGGCCCGGCAGAGGAGAAGAUGCUGGAGGGGGUGGCAUAUCGGACACGGAAAUGGCGGAGAGGUUUGUCGGCUCAUCAAAGAGCGUGCUGUCGCGGGGAAAGACCCGGGUGUAGUGCUGGUUUCGCUACGGGGGGUGUGCUUGACGGUGCUUGCAAGCCCGUUUUUCGUUUUUUGCUUCGCCUUGCCAACCGACACGCUCUUGCGGUCGUAAACUUGCGUAGGAGUUAGCUCUACAGAGAGGAAUUUUCGUGUUUUCGUUCCAUGUUGACUACUCUGGACGCCAGCCUACACCGUUCGGUGUGUGUAUGACACACAGCGGGGGUCACGCACUAGGAAGGUUACAUAUGAUGCUGUAGUUUUUUUUGUUUCGACGUUCCCCUUGCUUGCCUGCGGCUUUCGACGCGAGAAUGGUUCGGCACUCUUUCCCUCUCUUUGUGCUUCAUCGUGGCUAUGCGCUUUCCAUCUCUACAGCAGGUUGCCAAUUUUUCACUUCCGGGAUAUUCAAACCCGCAAUAGCAGAGAGUCAGAACGUGACGAGGUUACCGGCUGAAUCAUCCGCAACGACGGAUGCUAUAUGACGGCUGAAAUCGCCAACACAUGCUCCCACAGUCUUGUACUGGCGUAUUCCGCCGGGCUCCUG